UAAAUAAUGACAAAAAAAAAACACAUUAUUUAUCAAAAUAUCAAAAUGUUGACAAAAUAUCAAAUUAGGUAAACCAAGGAAAAGUGAUGAUAUCAUGCAUCAUUAAUCAGUCAAUAAGCUUUACCAUGACCUUAAAGUUUUCUCUCAUAUAUUAAAAAAAAAAAAACAACUUUCCACUGAAAAAAUUGGUGCCGUGCCACUGGCGGCAUAUGACAUGGUCAAUUACUCCAUUUUGAACUAGUCUAACUAAAUAAUUGAAUAAUAUCCACAAUGCCAAGAUAAAAAAAAAAAAAAAAAUACGAAAACAAGUGUUUGACAAUGUUCAAUUAGGUCAAGUCGAGUUUUAAACGAGGAAAAUUGAACGUACUAUCUUGUACUUUUUGUAGAAACUUCAAACUUCUUGACAUGAGAAGGAUCGGAAAGCCCUCACCACACUAUAGUUUCAUUUUUAGUAUACAAAUCUGCAUAAACAAACACGAUCUUGGUCAUUACACGAAAUCGGAAGAUAAAUUGGAUUAAGACACUCAUACACACCCAAAACAAGUAUGUAUUUUCCCUUACUAGAAAUUCCAAAUCCUCUAUUAUUGUUUUCUCAAUAUGUAGAAAGCAACGGUUUCUAAUAGGGGGAGAGAGGAUUUCGUUCGUGGAUAUUCAACAAAUGACGUUACAUUUGAUUAUGAAGAUACCAAAUUUGUGGAAAUGUAUCCAUACUUGUUUUUUUAAAAAAAUCGUCAUUUAUGAUAAUAAAAUAACAAAUAACUCACAUUUAGAUUUUGGUUUUGUUUUAGUCGGGUACAAUAUCAAAAAAAUAUGGAAACCAUAUAAAUCCAGGCUAAUAUACACCAAUUCCAGCAAUAUAUCAAAACGUCUAUGGACUCAUUUUGGAAAGUAAAUAAUCGUUCUCAUAUAUAUAUAUGUAUAUACCCAUUGUCUUCUUUUACAUUAGAGUUUCAAGUUGAGGUGCUUAUGCAAUGUCAAACCUAUCUCCACCAGUUCGAACUUGCGUUCUGAGAGUUGGAAUCAAGUGUUGCAAAGGUUGCCAGACCAAAGCAAAGAGAAAGUUGCUAAAUGUCUCUGGGGUGGAUGCAGUUGAGUAUAACGCAGAACAAGGGCUCUUAACAGUCUCAGGUGAUGUUAACCCAACAACAUUGCUUCAUAAGCUUACCAAAUGGGGUAAAAAGGCAGAACUUGUCUCUUUUCUUGGAGACAACUCUUCCUUUGUUCCUAGAACCCCAGAACAAAACCAAAACAAGACAAUGGAGAAGAAGGAGGAGAAGCCAACAAAAUGUUGUCUUCUAAUGUGUUUUGGGAAAAGAAGCAAGAACACAAAGGUUGAGCCUAUGGCGAUGCCAAACUGGAACUAUCGAGGAAUAGGGACAGAAAACGGGAAUGCCACGCCCUUCAUUAACGCUGCAAUGUCACCUCCAAUGGUGUACCCUCCUCCACAAGCAGUGCCUGGCUUUAAAACACCCAUACCAUACCCUCCUCCUAAUUAUUUUGGGGCAAGACAACCACCACCAUACACUGGUGCUGGUAUGUUCCAGUCAGCUCCACCACAAUCCCCACCAUAUUUUCCAGUUCCCAACUCUAGGCUGCAUUACCCGCACCACUGACAAAGUUCUUUCAGACGAUACAUUUAUUGCUUGUUCUUCUCUUUAGCUAUGACUCAAUGCUGAGUAAUAAGAUGAUGAAUUCUUUUCAACAUGUAAGGGAUAUGAAGAAAUGCAAAUGAAUGAUUUCCAAAAGAAAGCAGACUAGAAAACAUAUAUGACACCAAAAAUAAACAUAUCUUGUUGAGAAAAUAGUAUAUUAUAUCAAAUUUAUUAGCUUUUUAUUUAUAGAACCGUAUAUAUUAGGGUGGAUUAUUUAGUGUAGAGUGUAGACAAUAGAGAGAAACAAAGAAGUGGUUAGAGAUAACGCGUUGAAAGCUUUUAUCAAAUCUUGGUGGAUUAUUUACGACCAAACCACCCAAAAAGAUUUAUGCGCUUGACUAAGU